UGUUGCCUGGCUUCCUGUGUGCUCAACAAUCCUGCUCCCGUGGGGCCUGCUAUCCUCCUGUUGGGGACUUGCUCAUUGGGAGGACCCGGUUUCUCCGAGCUUCAUCUACCUGUGGAUUGACCAGACCUGAGACCUACUGCACCCAGCAUGGAGAGUGGCAGAUGAAGUGCUGCAAGUGCGACUCGAGACUGCCCCACAAUUACAACAGUCACCGAGUGGAGAAUGUGGUUUCAUCUUCAGGCCCCAUGCGCUGGUGGCAGUCACAGAAUGAUGUGAGCCCUGUCUCUCUACAGCUGGACCUGGAUAGAAGAUUGCAGCUUCAGGACAUCAUGAUGGAUUUUAAGGGUCCCAUGCCUGCUGGCAUGUUGAUUGAGCGUUCCUCAGACUUCGGCAAGACCUGGCGGGUGUACCAGUACCUGGCUGCUGACUGUGCCUCCACAUUCCCCAGGGUCCGCCAGGGCCAGCCUCAGAACUGGCAGGAUGCUCGGUGCCAGUCCUUGCCACAGAGGCCUAAUGGGCACCUAAAUGGGGGGAAGGUCCAACUUAACCUUAUGGAUUUAGCAUCUGGGAUUUCAGCACCUCAAAGUAAAAGAAUCCAAGAGUUGGGAGACAUCACAAACUUGAGAGUCAACUUCACCAGGCUGGCCUCUUUACCCCAGAGGCGCUACCACCCACCCAGUGCCUACUUUGCUGUGUCCCAGCUGCGUCUGCAGGGGAGCUGCUUCUGUCAUGGCCAUGCUGACAGCUGCUCCCCCAAGCCUGGAGACCCUGCAGGCCCCUCCACUGCUGUGCAGGUCCAUGAUAUCUGCGCCUGCCAGCACAACACUGCCGGCCCCAACUGUGAGCGCUGUGCACCUUUCUACAACAACCGGCCCUGGAGACCCGCCGAGGGCCAGAACCCCCAUGAAUGCCAAAGGUGUGAUUGCAAUGGGCACUCGGAGACCUGUCACUUCGACCCAGCUGUGUUUGCUGCCAGCCAGGGGGCAUAUGGAGGUGUAUGUGACAACUGCCGGGACCACACUGAAGGCAAGAACUGUGAGCGAUGUCAGCUGCACUAUUUCCAGAACCGACGACCAGGAGCUCCCAUUCAGGAGACCUGUAUCCCUUGCGAGUGUGACCCAGAUGGGGCAGUUCCAGGGGCUCCCUGUGACCCAGUGACCGGCCAGUGUGUGUGCAAGGAGAAUGUACAGGGAGAGCGCUGUGACCUGUGCAAGCCCAGCUUCACUGGACUUACUUAUGCCAACCCACAGGGCUGCCACCGCUGUGACUGCAGUGUCCUGGGGGCCCGGCGGGAUAUGCCCUGUGAUGAGGAGAGUGGGCGCUGCCUGUGUCUGCCCAAUGUAGUGGGCCCCAAAUGUGACCAGUGUGCUCCCUUCCACUGGAAGCUGGCCAGCGGCCGAGGCUGUGAACCAUGUGCCUGUGACCCGCACAACUCCCUCAGUCCCCAGUGCAACCAGUUCACAGGGCAGUGUCCCUGUCGAGAAGGGUUUGGUGGCCUGACGUGCAGUGCUGGAGCUAUCCGCCAGUGUCCGGAUCGUACGCACGGAGAUGUGGCCGUGGGAUGCAGAGCCUGUGACUGUGACUUCCGGGGAACAGAAGGUCGAGGCUGUGACAAAGUCUCGGGCCGUUGCCUCUGCGGCCCUGGCUUGACUGGGCGUCGCUGUGACCAGUGCCAGCGAGGCUACUGUGACCGCUACCCGGUGUGUGUGGCCUGCCACUCUUGUUUCCAGACCUAUGAUGCAGACCUCCAGGAGCAGGCUCGGCGCCUUGGCAGUCUGCGAAAUGCCACUGCCGGCCUGUGGUCCGGGACAGGUCUGGAGGACCAUGGCCUUGCUUCCCGGAUACUGGACGCCAAGAGCAAGAUUGAGCAGAUCCAAGCAAUUCUUGGCAGUACCUUGGUCACAGAGCAGGAAGUGGCACAGGUGGCCAACGCCAUCUUCUCCAUCAGGCGGACUCUCCAGGGCUUGCAGCUGGACCUACCCAUGGAGGAAGAGAUUGUUUCGUUCCCUGGAGACCUGGAGAGUCUGGACAGAAGCUUCAGUCGCCUCCUUGUUAUGUAUCAGAGCAAGAGGGAGCAGUUUGAGAAAAUAAGCAGUGCUGACCCUUCAGGAGCCUUCCGCAUGCUGACCACAGCCUAUGAGCGGUCGUCCCAGGCUGCUCAGCAGGUGUCCGACAGCUCCCACUUGCUGCGCCAGCUUAGGGACAGCCGCAGAGAGGCAGAGGAGUUACAGAGGCAGGCCGGAAUGGGUGCUGGUAGCCCCCAGCUCUCCACCCUGAGGUUACAGAUGGCUUCCUUGCCUGACCUGACACCCACCAUCAACAAGGUCUGUGGUGGCUCCAGGCAGAUGGCCUGCACUCCAGGAGCAUGCCCUGGUGAGCUGUGUCCCCAAGAUAAUGGCACGACCUGUGGCUCCCACUGCAGGGGUGCUCUCCCCAGGGCUGGAGGGGCCUUCUGGAUGGCGGGGCAAGUGGCUGAACAGCUGCGUAGCUUCAACUCCCAGCUCCAGCAGACCAGGCAGAUGAUUAGGGCAGCUGAAGAAGCUGCCUCUCAGGUCCAAUCAGAUGCUCAGCGCCUGGAGAGCCAGGUGAGCACCAGCCGCUCCCAGAUGGAAGAAGAUGUCAGACGCACACGCCUCCUCAUCCAGCAGGUCCGGGACUUCCUCACUGAUCCUGACACAGAUGCAGCCACUAUCCAGGAGGUCAGUGAGGCCGUGCUGGCCCUGUGGCUACCCACAGACUCGGCCACAGUUUUGCGGAAGAUGAAAGAGAUCCAGGCCAUCGCAGCCAGGCUCCCCAACGUGGACCUGGUGCUAUCCCAGACCAAGCAGGACAUUGCACAGGCUCGCAGGCUCCAGGCUGAGGCUGAGGAGGCCAGGAGCCGAGCCCAUGCGGUGGAAGGCCAGGUAGACGAUGUGGUUGGGAACCUCCGACAGGGCACAGUGGCACUGCAAGAAGCUCAGGACACCAUGCAAGGCACUAGUCGCUCCCUUCGGCUUAUCCAGGACAGGGUUGCUGAGGUUCAGCAGGUCCUGGGGCCAGCAGAAAUCUUGGUGAUGGGCAUGACAGAACAGCUGGGAGGCUUCCGAGUACGGAUGGAGGAGCUCCGCCGCCAAGCCCAGCAGCAGCGGGGACAGGCAGCCCAGGCCCAGCAGCUUGCAGAGGGUGCCAACGAGAGGGCACUGAGUGCCCGGGAGGGAUUUGAGAGAAUAAAGCAAAAGUAUGCAGAGCUGAAGGACCGGCUGGGUCGGAGUCCCAUGCUGGGUGAGCAGAGCAGCAGAAUCCUGAGUGUCAAGACAGAGGCAGAGGAGCUGUUUGGGGAGACCAUGGAGAUGAUGGACAGGAUGAAAGACAUGGAGUCGGAGCUGCUGCGGGAAAGCCAGGCUAUCGUGCUGCGCUCGGCGGACCUGACAGGGCUGGAGAAGCACGUGGAACAGAUCCGUGACCACAUCAAUGCGCGUGUGCUCUAUUAUGCCACCUGCAAGUGAUCUCCAGCUCCACCUCUGGCCCCAUUCAUCUGCCCCCUUUGUUUUUGAUGGGCAGGUGGAGCUUUUGGCUCCAGGAGGCUUUGACGUCACUCAUAGCACAGUCCGGACCAACCUAGAUGUGCAGCUGCUAGGAUUGCUUUGUGCCACUGCUGAGCCUGCGCUGAAGGGAACAGCACAUUUGAGGGACAGAGAUGCUGAUGAUAGGCAUGUCAUUAUGACCGGGAGCUCUCAAGUUGAGGGAGCUGGACUGGGUGAUGUCCCCAGCCUUUGUCCUUCAUUGUGGUGGAAUCCUGGACCAACACAAAAACUGAACAGAAAGUGGUGUACAAAUGAAAUACAUAAUAAAUGUCUUUGGAAAGGAACCUGGAAGUCAAAGAGG